AUGGAGACUCGACAGUCUGCGCGCAAGCGCAGAAACAAUUCCAUCUCCGAUUCAAGGAGUAAUUCUCCAGUUUCGCAUCGGACAAGAAAUGCGGUAACUGCAGGGACAAUGCUUGACAUGCAAAAGGCUACUGCAAGUACCCCGAAGAAGGCUAGGAAGCGGGUCCGAUUCUCCGAUCCUGGUCCUAGGCUGCUUGAUACUCCGGAUUACUCGACCGGCCUGACACCUGCAAUGAAACGCACCUCAUUCAAAGAGUCGGACUCUGGGUGCUCGAGGUUUGCCACCAGCACACCUACUCGGCGAGCUCACCGGCGGAGGUCAGCUCCAACACCGCGCUUCCAGCGUGCCUUUGAUCCGAUUGAACAAUUCGAAGACACAAGCAACGGAAGGGUGAUACAGUUCACUCCCCUGCGUCAGAUCCUAGACACUCGCACGCAGAGAAGGAUACGACGCUUUGGUCUAAGUGACGAGAUUAACAGCAUUCAGCGCGAAAAGCGCGUCUCUGCAAAUUUCGAAAAGACCCUUGAUUGUUUACGGCAGGAGAGAGAUGCUCUACAACAGGAACUGAAUGCCUUGAAGCAAAGGCAUGAAACUCCAGAAGACCAGCUGCCAUCAUACGAAACUUUUUGGAUGUCCCCUCAGGUUCGCGUUCGUGAACUCGAACGUGAAACUACUCGGCUUCGCGAUGAAAUCUCCGUGGCAUCCAAUCACAGCCUGGAUAUGCAAGAACCAUCAAUUGACAACGACGGGGACACAUUUGCCCUCAAUGAUAGUGCUCUCAUCAUGUCCAACUCACCGGAUCUUCGUGGCAUGCGUUAUCCACACUCGCCAGUAUCAAACAGCCCAAUGAUAUUCGACGAAACAAAUGCCGAUGUCUCGACACAGACACAGGUCGUGGAAACGACAGAGGAUUCUGAUAUGCAAACUCUCACGUCUGACUUGGAGACUGCCAGAAAUGAGAAGAGGGAGCUGUUCAAUGCGUGUCGUAUGCACCUUUCUACCUUUGAGGCAUCCGGCUUUGGUGAUGCACUUCGACAAUCAUCUCCGCCUCCAGACUUCUUGGACAAUGUCAUCCAUAUUAUGACAGCGGCGCUUUCUCGUGCCUCUGAUGCCACGCAAGCACUGGAGGGUAUCAGCCAAGAAUGUUCCAGUUUAGGAUUCACUGGUUCUAGCACCGACGAAGUGAUCGAUGAUAUGAAAGCUCACUUCCGGGCUGCGCGUAUUGAACUAGAGCGAGCGAUUCCAGGCGAGACUGCGAAUGUGAGCCUCGAAGAUGGAAAAGCCACCCUUGGUGCGUUGGUACAAAGGGUAAAGACUCUCGCGAACGACUUGAAAGCAGAGCGUGACCACUACAACGGCUCACUUGGCCGUGAGAAGGCUCUUCGUGGACAAUUCGACAACCUCUUACACCGGUAUGAAGCGGCCGCAGUUAAGAUCAGCAACCUUGAAGACUCAAUCGCAUCAUCUGCAAGCGAUAUGCUUCAUACAAGAAUGCGACUGCAUGACCUCGAGAACGAAGACCAGGAGAAAAGUAUUGGGAUUGACAGAUUAAACACCGCCCUCGACAAGUACCACGAAGACGUCAGGGGUCUGGAAGAGAUGGUGAGCCGUUUGGAAGACGAGAAUACGGCUACCAAGCAACGAUACCGACAAAGGAUUUCCGAGCUGAGAGCGCAACUCAAGAGUGAGCGCAAUCAACGGUCUGCAAUUGAAAUCUCAACCUCCAAGAACGAAGCCCGUAUUCGCCAGCUUGAAGAAACUGUGGAGCAGAACCACAUUCGGACCUGUGAUCUUACAACAGAGAUGGAGGUUCUCGAGAAAGAGCACCAGACAGUACGUGAACGACUUGAGCGAGCAUCAAGUGAGAAGCAACAACAGCAUGAAGAAGAGACCGGAAUCCUCAAUGUCCGCAUAUCAGAGCUCACAACAUCUCUCGAGGGCGCGAGAUCAGAGGUUGAUCGUCUGCAACAAGUCAACAACGGCCUCGAAGAGCAAUUACGCAUGGAGAUGGAAGCUCGCGAUGAACUCCUCGACAAAUGGGCGACCGAACAAGCGCGCUCAUUCGCCUUCAUGAAAGAAUCCGUCAAUUCCGAACGCCGACGAGCCAAGGUGCGCGCUGCAAAUUGGGAACUCAGAUCAGACGAUCUCAUGUCGGAUGGGACGACGAUGAUGGGUAGUGAGCCCAUUACCCCUGUUAGCAUGACUCGCUUUGUUGACGUGGAGAUGGGGAGAGGCAAGAACCGUCGCCGUAUGGAUAGCGGCAUUGGUAUUCUCUCUGAAGAUGACCUUCUGGAAAAUGAGGGUCUUGCGGAUCUAGGGCGUGGGGUUGAUUCCGAUAUUGACCUGCCUGCUUGUGAUCUUAUUGGUGUAUAG